AUGUCUCUACACUGCUGGCUGCAGCUCCUCUCUAAGGAAUCUAUCAUGGAGUUUCAAGGAGACAGCUCCAGUCUGGUGGUGCGUAUGUUGAUAGCUUGUGUCUACUCCAUAGUUUGUGCACUGGGGCUGGUAGGAAACUCACUGGCGUUGUAUCUGCUGCACUCACGUUACAGGGAGAAACAAUCAUCAAUCAACUGCUUUGUGAUGGGACUGGCUAUCACAGACCUGCAGUUUGUGCUGACGUUGCCGUUCUGGGCGGUGGACACAGCAUUGGACUUUCGCUGGCCAUUUGGCCGUGUGAUGUGCAAAAUCAUCAGCUCUGUCACCACCAUGAACAUGUACGCCAGUGUAUACUUCCUCACAGCUAUGAGCGUGGCACGUUAUUACUCCAUCUCCACCGCGUUGAAGAUGCACAGCCGGCGUGCGGCAGCCACCAGAGCAAAGUGGACGAGCCUGGGCAUCUGGACCAUGUCUCUGCUGGCAACUUUGCCUCAUGCCAUCUACUCCACCAGCUUCCAAGUUUCUGAUGAGGAGCUUUGCCUGGUGCGCUUUCCAGACUCAGGCAGCUGGGAUCCACAGAUUCUUUUGGGUCUCUACCAGCUGCAGAAGGUCCUGCUGGGCUUCCUUAUCCCUCUGAUCAUUAUCACUGUCUGCUACCUGCUGCUGGUGCGCUUCAUCCUCAGCCAGCGCAUCGCAGGAGCCGGUGGCCCAGAGGUGGAGCAGGAACGUCAGAGGCGUCGCUCUAAAGUGACCAAAUCCAUUGUGAUCGUAGUUCUGUCCUUCUUUCUGUGCUGGCUUCCUAACCAGGCGCUGACUCUGUGGGGAGUGCUCAUAAAGUUUGACCUUGUGCCCUUCAGCAAGGCUUUCUACAACGCGCAGGCCUAUGCCUUCCCCCUGACUGUGUGUCUGGCACACACCAACAGCUGCCUGAACCCCGUGCUCUACUGCUUGAUCCGCAGAGAGUUUCGUGCAGGUCUGAAGGAACUUCUCCUCCGUGCCACGCCGUCCUUCAGGAGCCUGACUCAUCUGCUGCGUCGCAAAGCCAAAGUGGCCGAGGCGCCGCCUGUUCUGGUGCUGGUCCAAAUGGAUGUCUGAUAGGCUUACUGUGACAGAAGAGUGAAUGACUAGCCCACAAAGCAAAUGAGUGAAAGCUGUCUAUUGUACAAUUGAUCUGGAGUUGUUUACUAUGACGUUGCAUCCAUCUCAACCCCGUCAGCGAUGACUCCCCAAUGGGAUGUGCCCGAUUUUUGCUGCUUGUUCCAAGAUUGACUCUGAAAAUAUUUUGACUUGUCUCUUUAACGAUCUCACUCUCACCCUCCCUGCCUCUGAAUGGCAUUACAUGUGCUGCUCUCUUGUUAUUUGUCAUGGAUGUCAAUCAUAAAUUACUUUUAUAUCAUGGCUCACUAGUGACAGUUGCAAUUAGCAAGUUAAAACUAUUUGGCAUCAGUGGCAAACACUUUGAUUAUACAAAACAUAGUUACAGCAAACUUGCACUCCAAUACAAAAUAUAUUAUCUUUUUCAAUAUUUGUUGCAUUUGUGAUUUUUUUAAAUAUUGCUGUCACAGUGAGAACCAUGACACGGCUUCUUGUGCAUUGGUGUGUUUAAUUGCUUGAAUACAGGACACUAGAGGCUUGCUAGUGACGAUUGCCAAUCAAAUUAAGUUGUUUGACUCGACAUCACAAACAAAUGUGCAAAUUGAUUAAACUCACAACAACCAGAUGAACCUGACAUAUAACUGCAUUGUAUCUUAAUUCCCCCAAAUUUAACGUGAAUGACAACCAAAACUAUAUUUUCAGUACUUUCAAAAGGUUUUGUCUUGAUAAACCACAGCUUUGACUCCCACAAUGCAUGAGAUAACUUCCCUGAUUAAACUCUCUGACUGUGCAUUGAUGAUUUAAGUGGAGGUAACAACAUAUCUCAAAAUGUGUUAGUAAAGAAACGUGAAUGUAAUAUGAGUAUUGAGGAGGUUUCCCAGUGCAUUGUCCAGUUGCUGUAUUUUUUCAAUUUUUCUUCUGUGCUCAUUGUGUCAUACAGUAAAAGCAAACUGGGGAAAACUAAACCUAACCAAAUGAGAUUAAAACAAAUAACAGAUUAUUUGCUAUAUAAAAAACAACAGUACGGUCAUUGAUUAGCCUUUUAUAUUAUUUGAAACGUGAGAAAAUGACAAGGUUAAGCAAUGUAUAACAUCUGUGCUGCUUAUUGGGUAAUACACAAUAGACUAUAUAUUUGUUAGCUGCAUUGUCUUAGGGGGGAAAAAUAAUGUCUGGCAUUUACU